AUGAACCGCUCGUGCCCAGGAGAACCAUACUUUUGCCCGUCAUUAUGGCCAUUAGACAUGCCGUCGCCCCAUUUGAUCACUUGGUCAUUUUUUACCGCCCUUUUGUCACCAAUUACCAUCGUCUCGAACGCAGCACUAAUUUAUGGACUGUACAAAAUGGAGCAGCUAAACACGAUCACAAACAAAUUCAUUCUCGUGUUGAAUUUAUCAGAUCUUGGAUUUGGUAUAUUCAUCCUACCAUCCAUUGCUGCAAUGGCAGCUUUGAAAGGCAUGUACCGCAACUGUGUCGUUGAACUGGUUAUUCAAUAUUGCGCCUUUCUUCUCGCAUAUUUCUCCUUUUUCAUGUUUAUGUGCGUAUCUAUGGAUCGGUAUCUUCACGUGACGAAACUCAAAAAGUACAAUAAGUUCAUGAACGAAUUUCGCAUGAAGGUGAUCGUUGUGUUUAGCUUCAUCACAUCGGCAAUAAUCGCCUACAUAUCGAUCGCGUUUCCUUCUUUCCCACUGCAAGUCGUGUUGAAUUUAUCCGAUCUGUUUGGUAUUCUGUUUAUGUUCAUAUUGUAUUCGAUGGUGUUUCGCAGAAUUGCCACUCAUGCGGAGAAAAUUAAGAAAAUGCUGAGAGAUGCCGGAGAAAAUUCGGGUAACCGAGAAACGAGACGAGAAAUCUCGGCAACGAAAACGAUUCGUUUUGUCCUGGGUGCUUUGUUGGUUCUGUAUCUACCGUACAACAUUUGCUCCGCAAUCUGGACGUAUUACAAAUACCAGGAGAAGAGGAAUCCUCCAUUAAUUAUAAACGCACUAGAAUAUUGGUCUUAUAUAAUUGUGUUUUUUAAUGCUUCAGUAAAUGCUAUCCUAUUCGCUUAUGGCAACAGCAUUGUGAGAAGAAUUUUAAUUGGAUGCAUUUUCAGAAGUCAAAUUGCUCCAAAGAGCGCAGUAAGUGACGUCACAAAGACCUCUAAAAUUGCAAGCAAGUUCUAGUUGAAGCCAUUCAAGGAGAGGUUGACGUCAUCUGCUCUAGACUAGUGUCUUGUCCAUGCAAUGUAAUUAUUUUUUGGUGAGAGCAAUAAUCAAUCGGUGCACAUAUGAACUUUUCACAAAAGCAGUGUGAAGGCUCCUACCCUACAUAAGGCAUAGAGAGGUUUUACUGGCUGAUCAAUGGUAGCUAUAAAAAAUGGUUCAAUUUUUCAGUCGUUGACAGGAUUUUCUCCUUACACGGUUAUGGAAAAAUAAUAGCAACAACGAAGAAAAGGAAACAGACAACAGAUUCUAAAUUUUUGUCGAUUGCUGAUCCUUGCCUUUUAAUUAUUUCGAGUGUUGAUAACGUCAAGAAACUUUAUUUCACUCCAAUCAGCUUCAGCACAGAAUACAUCACAAAUUCAUAUAGACUUGAAGAAACAAAGGUUGAUAUUUUGCAAUUUUUUGCAUUCGUUUGGCAGUGUCAUAGUGUUGUGCUAAGAAUCAUCGUCUAUGAUAUGUAUCUGUAAAACUUAAUGUGAUGUUCUGUUAUAUUGCUGUUUAAACGCUGCAAAUAAACAUAAUUAAGCGUAGUUAUGUUAUGUUGUAUAACAAGAUUGUAAAAUUAGAUUAAGGGCCAUCUUGGACUGAAUAUAUCUCAAAAAAAUGUUAGUGGUAAAAAGUUCAAGUGCUGCAAGGAGAGACAUAUAAGACUACGGUGUCCUAACAUUUCCUAAACAGCCGCUGUUCGUAGUGCUUAUUCAUGAAUGGAGUAAAUCUUUGCGCUAACUCGUCGAUCAUGAAACAUCUAUAUUAACGGACAGUAGCUAAACUUUAACAUUUCAAUAGCUCCCAUGACAUUCAUGGU